GUACUAGAUUUAGAACUAUCUGAUGAUUGGGAGGAUAUAAAAGAGCUAAAAUAUCUAGAUAAAGAAAAAUGCAAUAAAUUUAGUAGUUAUAAAGGAGAAUCAAAAAGCCGUGAAGUGGGAGGAGCACGAAGAAAAGAAGUAAAAGAACCAGGAAUUAUGGCAAAGAAUACAAAAGAGAUAAAACUACAAUCAUCAAGAAGCAUGAAUGGAAAAGAAAAAGAUCAGAAAUCCAAGAAAAUCAUAUUCAAAAAAAUAGAAAUUCCAAUGGAAAAUAUCAUACAAAUAAAAAAAGAAGAGAAACCAUUAGAAAAUAUCAGAGAAAAAAAAGUAGAACUUCCAUUGAUCAAUGUUAGAGAAAAAGGAAAAGAGCAACCAUUAGAUAAUGUCAGAGAAAAAAAAGUAGAACUUCCAUUGACGAAUGUUAGAGAAAAAGAAAAAGAGCAACCAUUAGAAAAUAUCAGAGAAAAAAAAGUAGAACUUCCAUUGACCAAUGUUAGAGAAAAAAAAAAAGAAGAGCAGCCACUAGAAAAUAUCGGAGAAAAAAAGGACGAAAAAAUAUCAAAAAAAAUGAAUCAAGUAAUAAAAGCACAGCAAUCAGUAAAUAGUAUAAAUGAUUCACAGGAAAAUCCUCUUUUGGGGAGAUGGGAAGAUGGUAAUAGAAGGUACAAAGAAGCCCAAUGGAAAAAUAUGAAGGAAGAAGAAAAAAUGAAGAUAAAAGAAGAUAAGAUAAAUGAAAAAGAGAAAGCGGAAAGAGAUGCUAUGCAUAGAAAGGAAAUGGAACUAAUGGCAAAAUCAAAGUUAAAUAAAGAAAAAAUAGAUAAAAAGGACAGAGAGCGAGAGUGGAAAGAUGAAAUAAAGAGGAAUAUAAACGAAAGAAUAAGAUAUAUGGGAACGGGGGAAAAAAUGUUAAAAAAGGAGUGGAAAGAAAGGAGAAAACUAGAGAAAAAAAUAUUGAAAAAAGAAAUGAAAGAUAUGAAGAAACGAGGGGAACUCGAAAGAAAAAAGAGUAGGCAUGAUGAUAAAGAAAUGAUGAGAACAGAGAAGAUGAUGAGAAAAGAACAAGAAAGAAAUUCUAAGGCUAAACUGAAGGAAGAUGUAAUGAAAAGGAAAUGGGAAGAGAGAAGAAUGAAAGAUAAGUUGCAAAGAGAAAAAGAAGAGAGAAAAAAAGCUGAAAAGGCAGAAAAGAAGAUGGUUAAAAGAGAAUGGAAAGAAAGAAAAGAAUUAGAAAGGAAGUUGUUUAAAAAAGAAUGGAAAGAGAAAAAGAAGAACAUGGAAAUGAAGAGAAAAUCUAGAGAAAAAAAAGAGAAGGAUAAUCUAGAGGAAUUAAAAUUGAAUAUGAAAGAUAAAGAGAGAACUGACAAAGCACAAUGGGAAAAUGAAUUAAUGCAGAGAAAGUGGGAAGAAAGGAAAGAAAAAGACAGAAUUAUAGGUGAUAAAAUGGAAAGAAAGCAAAAGGAGAAAAUGGACAAUAAAAGAAUUCAAACCAAAUGGAAAAAGAAGAAUAAUGUAGGUAGAGAAUCAGAGAUGAAUGAAGAACGCUAUAUCAGGGAGAAGUCUAAUAAGGUGAGAAAACAAAAGGAAAGGAGGGAACAAAUAAAUAUGGAAAAGGAUAUAAUGCAGAGAAAACAUCAAGAAAGGUUACAAACUGCAUUGUUAAACACGAGUAUUCAAGAUAGAAAGGAAACUCAUAACAGGGAAAUGAAUAGUUCAUAUUAA